AUGGCAUCUUGCUGUGAAAAGUACAACUGCAAGCCUCCUUCUUUCUUCGAGAGGCUAUUCCAGAAAUCUUCCCCCAAAUUCCAUACUCAGGAAUUAAAGAAAUGUCUGAACAUUUUCGAUUUGACAGUGCAGGGACUGGCUCAUAUUGUGGGAGCGGGAAUAUUUAUUAUGACACCAGGAGUUACAAAGAUGGUUGCUGGACCUGGAUUGGUAGUAUCUUAUCUCUUAGCUGCAGCAGUUCUCAUAUUUACUGUUCUAGCUUACAUGGAUUUGGAAGCUAGAUACAAAGGUAUCGGGAAUGCUUAUGUAUAUGUGUAUGCUGCUUUGGGUGAAUUUGCUGCUGGACUUGUGGGAACGUUCAUUAUGACGGAAAUUGCUCUUGGCGUUGGUUUGGUGGCCGUGGGAUUUGGACAGAAUAUGGACAAGUUUAUCUUUGAGGACACUGAAACUGGAAGAGGAGGGGUGUUUCCUUAUGGAUUUUCAGAUGUCAUAACUGGAGCAGCUGUUGUGGUUGUUUCCUUUGCAGGUUUCGAAACUGUGGCACACGGGCUCACAAUCCCCAAGUACAUUAUCGUAGCAGCGAUUCUUUUUGCUUCUGGAAGUGUUGCUCUGUGCUCCCUAACCACCCUGGCCCGAGGGCUCAUGGUGUUCUCCGAUGAUGGAUUGAUUUUCAGUUGCCUUGGUUUGGUGGCUGAGUGCACUAAAGAAGUUAUUGAUGAAUCCUCUGAACUUAUUUUAAACGAAUUCGUGGUGAAUGAAGAACAGCCUUUAACGUCCCUGAAUCAGCAGGACAUCGAGACUCUUGGGUACAUUGAAAAUCAAGAGUUGAAAGUGUUCCCUUGA